GGCUCUCAAGGCAGAGUCUCUUCUCAAAGGCUGUUUCACAGUGAAAAUAUGCUCAGUGCAGCCGAGUGCAUGAAUGAAAAAGCCUCUGGUACCUUCUAGUCUGGCAAAAUGCAGCACAAAACUCAACUUACUCUGUCUUUUCUGCUGUCCCAGGUUCUGCUGCUUGCAUGUGCAGAAGAUUUAGAAUGUGUCCCUGGAUUCCAGCAGAAGGUUUUUUAUAUAGAAAAGCCAUUUCAAUUCACAGAGGACCGGCUGGUUCUGAACCUGAAAUUCGAUGACUGCAAGGGGAACAACAAAUUGAACUUUGAAGUUUCUAACCCGGACUUUACAGUGGAACUUGAUGGGAAUUUGGUUGCACUCAAGAACGUUUCAGAAGUUGGCAAAGCCUUGUUCGUCCACGCGCGGUCGGAGCACGCCGAGGACAUGGCAGAAAUCUUUAUUCUUGAAGCAAAUGAAAAACGUGGUGCAUUAAAGGAAAUCUUAAAACUAGAAGGCAACCUUGGAAUUCCAAGACAAAAAAGGGCUAUUUUGGCAACUCCAAUAUUAAUUCCUGAAAAUCAAAGGCCUCCAUUCCCCAGAUUAGUUGGCAAGGUCAUCAGAAGUGAAGGGACUGAGGGAGUGAAGUUCCGGCUCUCUGGGAAGGGAGUAGAUCAAGAGCCAAAAGGAAUUUUUAGGAUCAAUGAGAUGAACGGGGACGUCUCGGUGACCCGAACCCUUGAUCGAGAAGCAAUUGCCAAUUACGAGCUGGAAGUGGAGGUGGUGGACAUGAAUGGCAAAACCAUGGACGGCCCAGUGCGCCUGGACAUCUCGGUCAUCGACCAGAACGACAACAGACCCAUGUUCAAAGAGGGGCCCUACGUCGGCCACGUCAUGGAGGGAUCUGCCACAGGAACCACGGUGAUGCGCAUGGCCGCGUUCGACGCCGACGACGCCAGCACCGACAACGCGCUCCUGCGCUACAACAUCCUGAGGCAGACCCCCACCAAACCCUCCCCAAACAUGUUCUACAUCGACCCGGAGAAGGGAGACAUCGUCACCGUGGUGUCCCCUGCGCUGCUGGACCGGGAGACUAUGGAAAGCCCAAAGUAUGAGCUGGUUAUAGAGGCCAAGGACAUGGGUGGGAUGGAUGUGGGACUGACAGGCACAGCCACUGCCACCAUUCUCAUUGAUGACAAGAAUGACCACGCACCAGAAUUCACCAAGAAGGAGUUCCAGGCCACGGUGAAGGAGGGGGUCACAGGUGUAAUAGUGAACUUAACUGUGGGCGACCGGGACGACCCCGCCACCGGGGCGUGGAGAGCCGUCUACUCCAUCAUUAACGGGAACCCAGGGCAGAGCUUUGAGAUCCACACCAACCCCCAGACUAAUGAGGGAAUGCUCUCUGUUGUCAAGCCUUUGGACUACGAGAUCUCGGCCUUCCACACGCUGCUGAUCAAGGUGGAAAACGAAGACCCGCUGAUCCCAGACAUCGCCUACGGCCCCAGCUCCACAGCCACCGUCCAGAUCACGGUGGAGGAUGUGAAUGAGGGCCCCGUGUUCCACCCCAACCCCAUGGCAGUGAGUAAGCAGGAGAACAUCCCCGUGGGCAGCGUGGUGCUGACGCUGAACGCCACCGACCCCGACACGCUGCAGCACCAGACCAUCAGGUACUCAGUGCACAAGGACCCAGCAGGGUGGCUGGAAAUCAACCCCACCAAUGGCACGGUGGGCACCACGGCGGUGCUGGACAGGGAAUCUCCAUUCGUGCACAACAACGUCUACACUGCUCUGUUCCUGGCCAUCGACAGCGGUAACCCUCCUGCCACGGGUACAGGAACUUUGCACAUUACCUUGGAGGAUGUCAAUGACAACGUCCCAUCCCUUUAUCCAACACUGGCAAAAGUUUGUGAUGAUGCAAAAGAUCUCAGGGUAGUGGUUCUAGGAGCAUCAGACAAAGACCUUCAUCCCAACACAGACCCAUUCAAAUUUGAGCUCAGCAAGCAAUCUGGCCCAGAAAAGUUGUGGAGAAUCAACAGGCUUAACAAUACCCAUGCCCAGGUCAUCCUGCUUCAGAACCUGAAAAAGGCCAAUUACAACAUCCCCAUCUCAGUGACAGAUUCUGGAAAACCUCCUCUGACCAACACCACAGAACUGAGAUUACAAGUGUGUACCUGCAAGAAAUCCAAAAUGGACUGCAGUGCAACUGAUGCUCUCCACAUCAGCCUGACCCUAAUCCUCCUCUCACUCCUCAGUUUAUUUUGUCUGUAAGGAUUCUGCCAUCUGAAGCUGUCCUACCGAGUUGCCGUGGCAACGAGAAGAAGGAAAGGAAAAAAAACAAAAAAA